AUGGCUUACGCAUAUGAGCCACUCGAUUUGACGAAACAAACGAUCAGACUGCUGAAGAUCUUGCCUAGGACGCACGACGAGGUGAUCAGUCUUUUGCUAGAGGUUGUCGACCUUCAGGGUAUUCAGGGCGGCUACGACGCAAUAUCUUACGAAUGGGGUCCGGAGAGUAACCAGCAGCUCAUAUCAGUCAACGGCAAAGAUCUGAUGAUUCGUCACAAUAUAUGGCGUUUCCUCCAACACUGUCGGGACAUUGAGUUUGCACAUCAGCAUCAUGAGCGUCUCUGGAUCGAUGCCAUCUGUAUCGCUCAGCAAAACGUUCAAGAACGAAACCACCAAGUCAUGCAGAUGAGCGAAAUCUUUCGAGGAGCCCGUCAGGUGAUCGCAUGGCUCGGCACUGCCAGUAUCGAGACGAAUGUACCGCCAAAUGCCUACGAGUGCAUUUAUGAUCUCCAUCACGGCAGGACGAUGUCUAUGUCAGGGCCGAAACCCAGUCACGAAGCUGAGGCAAGAUGGCGUUAG